AUGACCGUUAGAGAGAGAGAAGAGAGAGGCAAUUCAUCGAACACCAAAGUUGCAGAAAACAAGAAGCAAAAUGUAGAAGAAGAAGAAGAAGACAUCAACCUUCAAAUCGGUGCAUCCAACUCUCAAAACCAGAUCAAGAAAGUUCGGAUUACCGAAGAAUCGAAGGAUGGCGAAGAAUCGGAGAGAUCAAGCAAACGAUCACGAAUCAAAGAAUCAGAAGAAGCAGAAUCAACGAUAAAUGAGGAAGAGGAAGAAUCUGAUUCAUCUGAAGUUGGAAAGGAUCCUCUGUUGGCAACAGAGGAAAUCGUAAUGGAAUACCAUGAUUUCAUUGACUACAUAUAUCAUCAAAUUUUGAAAGAAGAUGAACAGAAAUGGAGUGAGAUUGUUGAGAGAGGAAAACUCCUGGUAAAGACUGUGAAUCGAAGCCUGAGAACAGUGAAAUUAGAAAUGGAAUGUAUUGAAGCAGUAGAAGAUUUUGAGAAGCAAUAUCUUUUCAGAAAAACACAUAUUCCUCAAAUAUUAUCUCUGCUUCGACACAUAAAUUCACGUAUAGAAUCUUCCACUAAUUUCAGGCUUGUUUCAAACAUCAAGAACAGGAGAAAAGUUUUGCCGAUGUGUUUAAGGGAGCUUGAGACCUCCAAACAAGAACUGAGUGAAAUGAUUGAUGUAAUUCAAGUACUGAAGGAACUGGAUUUAAAAUCAGAAGAUGAUGAUGAUGAUGCUGAUGAUGAUGAUGAAGAAGAAACAGAGUAA